AUGUUCUUCGAGCACGAGCGCGGGCAAAAGGUUGGGUUGUGGGUUUUGGCUAUUGACUUGGGUCUGCUUGCGGGGCCGCUGAUCGGAGGGUUUGUGGACUUGAUCGACCACUACUGGAUCCAAUGGUUGACGGCCAUCUUUUUCGCCGUGAUCCUGGCGGCCGAGCUGGCGUUCCUGCCCGAGACGCUGUAUCCGCGUGAUUACAUGCUGUCCAAGACGAAUGGAGUUAUCCCUGCCACGGGAGCUGUGGAUGAGAAAACCAUCGCGACGGGUACGACGUUGCCGGAGGCUGUGACGGUUUCGAGGACGAAGAACUUGCCGUUCCUUAACGUGAAGCCGGUGCCGGCGAUGAAGCACCCUAAAGCGUGGGCUUCGAUCGUACGGUUUGGAAAAUUGUUCAAGUACCCCGUCGUUCCCAUUGCGACAAGUGUCUAUUGUUUUGGAUGGUACUGGUGGGUUUUGUCGGUCAUUACGAUGAUCCCUGUGGCGUACAUCGACUACUCGCCGCAGAUUCAAGGUCUCUUCUUCAUCGGUCUGAUUGUGGGAACACUUGUGUCCGAAAUCUUCUUUUCUGGAAAGUUGAGCGACUGGCUUGUUGUCAAGCUCGCGAAGCGUAACGAUGGUGUGAAGACUGCCGAGAUGCGCUUGUGGCUAGCGUAUCCCGCGGCUCUCUUGACAUCCAUUGGCCUCAUCAUCUGGGGUGUCAGCAUUGACAAGGCGUAUCACUGGAUGGUCGGUCAGGUUGCCUUUGCAUUGUUCGGUGCCGGUAUCCAAAUGGGCAAUACAGCAAUUUGCUCUUACAUCGUCGAUGCCUACCCUCUUCAGAGCAUGGCCGUUAUUACCUUCUACGCUGUGCUGCUCAACCUCAGCGCUUUCAUCGACCCCUUUUUCAUCGCGCCUUGGGUUACGAGCGUGGGAUACACGUGGACAUUUGCAGGACAUGGAAUCAUUACAUUCUUCUUCUGCAUUCCUGCAUUGGGGCUGCUGCAUCGCUAUGGCGGUGCGAUGAGACAAAAGGCCGGAGAGCCUGAUUGGGUGAACCCUGAGUACGAUCACGACAUUGUGAGAGAGUCAUGA